AUGUUAUUCUUUCUUAUUUUUACGGUUAGUUUAUUUGUAUCUGUUGUGAUAUCCAAACCGGAGGGUCGUUAUGCUGCCGCUAGCGCUUUAGUUGACUAUAGACUUUAUUUUAUUGGUGGUCAAUUUCAAGAUGGUACUAUUUCCUCAGAGCUAUUUUACCUUGAUUUAUCUACUUCUUUUAACGCCAAUGAUGUUACAUCUCCCCGGUGGAGUAAUCUCUCUUCUACUCCAGUAGCGAGUGCAUGGGCAACUGCAACUGUUGGUGGUGGCAGUAAUUCUAUCCUAUUUCUUAUCGGUGGCAUAAUGGUUCCUUCUAAUCAUACAAUGGUAUAUAGCUUUAACACAAAUAUUGAAAACUGGUCUAAUAUAACAACUUCGGAUGUUUUAAAUCAAAGACGCAAAGGAUCUUCCUUAUCUUAUGACCCUGAUUCCGGAAAGAUAUAUAUUUUUGGUGGACAAUCUAUUUCUAAUUUAUCCGAAUGGUUUAAUGAAAUGAUAAUUUUUGAUUCUAUCCAUUUUUCAUGGUCAAAUGUGACACUUGAUUCUGCUCCUUCAAAAAGAUCAGGACAUACUGCUACUUUAUUAAAAACCGGCAUAAUAGUAUUUAUCGGCGGUUGGGAGCUAAAUGACGCUUCUAGUACUCCCACAUUGGCGAAUAUGAGUCAGAAUGCUAAAUUCAUUAAUACUACUAUUGAUUCUCGAGUUUACCAUUCAGCUGUAUUAGCAUCCGAUGGUAAAAUUAUUAUUUAUGGCGGUUCCAAUGGUACAGAUAAUAGAAAAGUUUUACCAGAUCUUGCGGUUCUUAAUGUUUCAUCGACUCAAUUUCAGUGGUCAACACCAAGUACCACUGCAUUAUCCAGUACCCCACGAUCUCUUGUGGCUCAUACUGCGGUUAUGGUAGAUGAUUAUAUGAUCUUGUUAUUUGAUGCCGCAAAUGAUCAAACUCAUCUCAGCUUAUCAAUACUUAUUGGUAUAAUCGUUGGGGAUGUUGCUUUAGCAUUUAUUAUAGGAUAUUCUGCAGUAUGGUGUUAUCGAAAACAUAGAAUUAAACAUACUUCAUUAAUUACAACUCGGGAAGUUUUGCAUUAUUCUGAUAAUGACAGUCCACCUAAACUUGAAGGACACCACCAUGAUUAUUUUGGUAAUGUACCUUCUCAAAAUUUUUUAGAGACACCCGUGACUGCAUUUCAUUAUUAUCAACCACUGGUAUUUCAACUGCAACAAAAUAAUUAUAUAAUGUUAGCAGAUGGUGCUUCAUAUAAUCAAUACCCAAGAAAUGAGGGUAACGUGCCCGUAAUUAAUUACGUGCAACAUCAUAUUCAACCACAAUAUGUUGAAUAUGGAAUGACACAUAAUAGUUACCUAAAUCCUAACCCUACUUAG